UUUUUUAUUAUCAAAAUUUUUUUUUCUUUUUCCCUAAGAAUGUAGCUCAGACCAUGGGGAUGAGCAGCUGAAAUCUCCAGGGAUCAGCAGGACAAUGCCAGAGCAAGCAUUGUGCUGACGGCUCUGCAAACGCUGGCACCGGUUCCCGGCCAGCAGUACCCUAUAAAAGCUGAGCCGCUGAAGUAGGCAAACAUUACAUGGGCGAAGCAGCAGUACCGCCUGAGCUAGACACCGAUCCAGCAGCAAAGAUGGCUCAGACAAACCCUCUGCCUGUUCCCAUGGGCCCGUGGAAGAGCGUUCGGAGCAGAGGCCGGGAGAACCGCCAGCCACAGCCCUGCCACCCGCCCGUCCCAGAACGGCUCCGCUCCUCUCUCCGGACGGCACCGCUGCCCCGGGAACUGAUCUCCGCAGGGAUCACCGUGUACGACCAAGAAAACUUCCAGGGCAAGAGGAUGGAGUUCACUUCGGCCUGUCCAAACAUCAUGGAAUGUGGCUUCGACAACAUCCGCUCCCUGAAGGUGGAAUGUGGCGCCUGGGUGGGUUACGAGCACACCGGCUUCUGCGGGCAGCAGUUCAUCCUGGAGAGGGGAGAGUACCCGCGCUGGGACGCCUGGAGCGGCAGCAACGCCUACCACAUCGAGCGCCUGAUGUCCUUCCGCCCCGUCUGCUCCGCUAAUCACAAGGAAUCCAAGAUCACCAUUUUCGAGAAAGACAACUUCAUCGGCCGCCAGUGGGAGAUUGCUGAUGACUACCCCUCGCUGCAGGCCAUGGGCUGGGCCAACAACGAAGUGGGCUCCAUGAAGAUCCAGUGUGGCGCCUGGGUGUGCUACCAGUAUCCCGGGUACCGUGGCUACCAGUACGUCCUGGAGUUUGACCACCACGGUGGAGACUACAAGCACUGGAGAGAGUGGGGUUCGCACGCCCAGACCUCCCAGAUCCAAUCCAUCAGGCGUGUCCAGCAGUAGCUGCCCUCUCCCCAGUACAUCUCUGCAAAAGCUCACCAGCUCCCUCUUGGUGCUAAUAUUCCCCUCCCGAAAUAACCACCCCCUUCUCGUACUGCCACUGCUUAUGGAACAACACUCCCAAAACGGUACCGACUGCCACAAUUGCCAAUAAAUGUGACUGAAAGAAAAAGAUCAAUCAGCUUGGUGUGUGUUUGCUGGUGUGUGUUUGGGACUGAGGUUGCACAUCCCCAUCCCAGCAGCAGGGAUCACUCUUUCCUACUUAUUUUAAGCUGGGUUGAAGUGUGAUGGGGCUCAGAUUGAGGGAGGUUCUGACCCCUUCUGUUGAACAGAAACCCUUGGUUUUUUCCCUUCCUGCUCUCUCCUUCCCCUGACAAAGUAAAGGAUACCUGGAUUCCACCCCACCUGCAUACACACAGCUCAUGGGCUCUACAGCCAGCACUGCCAGGCCUCUGAGAUCUAAACCCAGGAUGCUUCCUGAAAACACAAAAAAGAAGGUCACACUGACACCCACAAACUUUAAAAUUUUUAUUCAACAAUUUACAUCACUUAUUGUCUGUCUUAACGUAUUCGAUCUACACAAAUUUCUUUUUUUUCCUGAUAAAAUAAUAAAAUUUGGAUAAAUUUUGAAGACCUGUUGGUGCAGAAUAAACAAAAUUUCAGGUAAGGGUUUUUUUUGUUGGUUUUUUUUGUUUUUUU